CCCCGCUCCCCCCAAACACACUCGCACUCGGGCUCUCAAGGUGUUCUCCGCACAGCGGAAGAUGGCGACAGACUGAGGGGGCAUGGCCAGCAGGAGGCACGGGGCCGUGCCGCGGGGCUGCCGCCACGGCGGUGCGAACGGGAGGCGGAAGCAAGAGGCGCGCUAAGUAAAGCCCAGUGUCCGCGUCCGGCGCCUGUGGCGCUGCCGGGAGCAAGGUGGCCCGCCCGAGCCGGAACUCCGGGAGCAGCGGGUGCCGAGCCAGUGCGGAGCCCGCCCGGGACCGGCCCCGGCAAACGGUCGGCGCUCGAGCAAAGCCCGAAGGGCCGGGCAGAGGACCGGGAGCGGGGCCGGGGCCAGCCGGCCUGUCUCACGAUGCAGCCCCCGACGUAGAGCCUGGACGGCGCCGAGGAGCGCGGAGCGGCGCGCAGCCCGCCCGCCUGAGACGGCCGUCCGGCCUCGCGCCCGCCUACUCCCUCCAGCCCGGACCCCCCUGAAAUAUGUUCAGGGGCGCUUGGAUGUGGCCCGGGAAAGACGCCGCCGCGCUGAGUAUCUGCUGCUGCUGCUGCUGCUGGGCUCCCAGGCCGAGCGACAAACCUUGCGCCGACUCUGAGCGGGCGCAGCGAUGGCGACUGUCCCUGGCGUCCCUGCUCUUCUUCACCGUGCUGCUCGCUGACCAUCUGUGGCUGUGCGCGGGGGCCCGGCCCCGGGCCAGGGAGCUGAGCAGCGCCAUGCGGCCGCCCUGGGGUACCGGCCGUGAGCGGCAGCCGGUGCCUCCUCGGGCGGUGCUGCCACUGCCGCCGCCGUCGCCCGGCGAGCCCAGCGCGUCCCUGGGCUCCUGCGGCCCGCGAUAUAGCAACCUGACCAAAGCCGCCCCCGCCGCCGGCCCCGGGCAGGUCUGCGGCGGCGUCCCGGAGCCCACGGGGCUGGACGCAGCUUGCACCAAAUUGGAAUCUUUGCAGAGACUUUUCGAACCGACUACCCCGGCCCCCCCUCUGCGGCCCCCUGACUUUCUUUCCCUUGCCCGGGCCGAGUUCCCCUCCGCCAAAAAAAACUUGCUCAAAGGCCACUUUCGGAACUUCACUCUCUCCUUUUGCGACACCUACACGGUCUGGGACUUGCUGCUAGGCAUGGACCGCCCCGACAGCCUGGACUGCAGUCUGGACGCCCUGCUGGGGGACCUGCUGGCCGUCGUGGCCAGCCCUGGCUCUGGGGCCUGGGAGGCAUGUAGCAACUGUAUCGAGGCAUACCAGCGACUGGACCGACAUGCUCAGGAAAAAUAUGACGAGUUCGACCUCGUGCUACAUAAGUACUUGCAGGCGGAAGAGUACUCAAUCCGGUCCUGCACGAAAGGCUGUAAGGCUGUCUACAAGGCCUGGCUGUGCUCAGAAUACUUCAGCGUGACCCAGCAGGAAUGCCAGCGCUGGGUGCCCUGCAAGCAGUACUGCCUGGAGGUGCAGACCCGGUGCCCCUUUAUCCUCCCUGACAACGAGGAAAUGGUGUACGGAGGGCUCCCUGGCUUUAUCUGUACAGGGUUGCCGGAUACUUCACCAAAGCGGCCGGAAACCAAGUGCUGUGAUGUGCAGUGGGUCUCCUGUGAGGCGGAGAAGAAGAAGUCGAAGGAGACUGAGGCCCCCCAAACCCACCACCAGCAAUUCCACCAUUCCUAUUUUCACCACUACCACCAACAGUACCAUCACUAUCACCCCCGCCAUGACCCCCCAGGCCGUGUCAGCCACAAGCCCUCCCUGUUGCCAGUCUCUGGGGGCUCCUGCCUCAGCCCCAGCAGGAUCCGGCUCUGUGUCCUUGUUCUCAUGCUCCUCCACACCGUGGUCUCCUUCUCGAGCAACCAGGGUAGUGGGGGCCUGGGGCUGGAGACACUGCCUGCUCUAGAAGAGGGCCUGACAAAGGAAGAGUGACAGCAGGGAGGGAGGACAGACCUCCACCACACGCUGACAUCAGCUCCAGCCCCCCCUCAGGAGGGGGGGGAGGGAGCUCCUCCCAUGGGAGGUGUAGGACCAGGUGGGGGGCGGGGGAAAGUAGGGGACCUCACAUCCCCCAACCUACCCCUACCCCGAAAGCAGCUCCACCAGAAUGGGCAGAGGACCCAAGGGAGCUGCAAAACUCAUCCGGGAGAAAAAGGUAGGAGCACAGGUACCCAUUCCCAAGCCCCACCUGUGGGACCUAGCAAAAAAUGCGAGGGAGUGGGAGCUGGAAUUGCCCACUCCUGCUGAGAGCCGUGACCCCAGGGUAAGAGGCUUCUCACCUAGCCCGGCCCUGCAGGGAACGUUGGGGGGCCCAGAGGGGAGAAGCUCUUUUCCCCCCUCCGCAUUCCUUUUGUUGCCAAGAUCCUUAAUUCCCCCCAGCCCAUAUCCCUACAGGCGACGGCAGACAGCGCGGUGGCCCUCCUGCCACUUCAGAGCGCCUUGCCCCACCUGGGGCAGUCACUGGUGAAGUGCCAGGCUGGGAGAUGAGGUGUGCACAGCUGCAGCUAGGUGGGGCCCAGCGAACCUGUGCCCCACCACCCUAGGCACCGAGGGGUUGGAAUGUGAGUGGUGAAAAGAAGGAAGAUGGGGAAGCGGGAGGAGAGAUUCCGACAGAGGGCCUGGAGAGACGGCCGGAAAGGCUACCGCCUCCUGGCUUUGGGGAAGUGAGCGCUUAGUGUUGAGGCAGGCUCAAGAUCGGAUCCCCACAUCAGAGGGAGCUGUCUAAGGAGCCCUCUGGGGAAAGAGCACAGGAGCUGAGUUACCGGGCGGAAAAAGAGAAGGCUGAGGUAAAUGGUUGGACUGUCGCUGUCUGAGGGCCAUAUCUUACAGAAGGUGCACAUACUUGCAAAGGCCACUCUUACCCUGGAGAUCUUAGCCUUGGGGCCCAAGACCAUUCAUUAAUGAUCUCUAUCGGGAAGAGGGACCUGAGCUCACGUGGGUCAGGCCCGGCCUGGCUCCUCAUACUCCCCCACCUUGUCCUAGCCCAGGCCUCCAUGAAGGAGAACCCGGUGACAUUGCACUGGAGCUCUCCAGAGAUGAGCUUUCCCCAGUCCUACCCUGUCACCGUCCCCAGCCUACCAAAGAGUAUUUAUCCCUUCCCAUCCCUGACCCCAUGGGUUACUAUCCCAACUGUGGAACAACCAGACUCCUCACCCUGUAGCAGGUCCCCUGCUCCAGUCACCGCUGUCCCCUCCCAGAGAAAAUCCAGAGACUGGCAAGCCGAGCCCUUGACUACGGAGAAUGGGCUGUUGUCCCUUGGCUGAGAGACUUAACUCUUUGGUCAGGCUAGGGGGCUGGAUGGGAAAGAGGCAUCGAGUAUCCCUUGGGGUCUAUUAGCCUUAUACUAGUGUGCUGGGAGGGGAGGCCACAUUGCCUAAGACAUCUAAAAGCCAAUAAAAGCUGACAAGAAAUAGAGCCAGAACUACGUGGGACAGGCCAGGAGGGCCUGAGUCCUUCUAGGAUGGCAUGCUGGGGGGAGGGGCCAUGGAGCUGCAUGACAGUGAACCCCAAAAGAGAACGGGGAGGGAAAACUGGACUUGGUCCACUUAGGGAUGACUGGGAGGCUUCCCUGGGACAGAAAGAAACAUUCAAGGGCCUCAGCCGAGUCCCAAAUCAGCUCCAUGAGCCCGGGGAGUCCUUCCCUGCCAGUUUUCUCAUUUUUCACAACCUGUCCCCCUGCCUCCACCCCUGUGCCCUGUCCACACACUCGCCUGGCCCUCGGCACUUGGGGCCCAGCCACAGGCGCCAUCCCUAGAGUGCUCUUUUCUGCUAGGGAGGAGAAGAAGUGCUGGCUUAUGUUACAGUGAAGGGGCAGGUGCUUGGGCUCCAGAGAGACCCCAGGUACUGCCUCCUAACUCCUGCAUCCUCGGGAGAGAAGAAGAAACUGGACAGUACAGGGGGACACAUGGCCCCAGGACCUUUGGACACUCCCAUCUUCUCUUCCCCCUCACCAAGUGCCCAGGAGACCCCUGGCUCAGACCGGCCCAAGGCCUUGCCAAAUGGCAGGGGAAAGGGGCACCACACUCCACCUCAAAGUCACAUGACUGUCCCCAUCACCCCACCACCCUGACCUUCCACCACCUCUCCAGCUGCCCCUGCCCUCCAUCACAGGCAGCAGAGCCGGGCGGCUUUCUUAUGCCAUUUUCUACACUGUGCUUCAUGAGUAGGACUUUCUUGCACUAGUUCCUAUGACUGAGUCUCCAAGCUGGUUUCCUAGUAGUCCCCCAUCCCUUCCUCCCUCACCUGGCUAUGAUUCAGUUGUCUCUCCUCUCCCUCUAAUCCCUGCCUCUGUAUCUCAGUGAGAGUCUCUGUAUGUGUGCUGCUUUCUGUUUUGUCGCAUUGUGGGGCAGAGGCCUCUCUGCUCUUGUUUAACCCCAUAAAGAAAUAAAUGAUAAGACUUGAUGAUAAGA